CUCCUCAUUCACUGUUUCCACACAAUGCCUAGAGUACACACAUGCCCGCAUUGCUCGCGCUCCUUCAAGCGCCCAGAACAUUUGAGAAGACAUUGUCGCACUCACACUGGAGAAAAGCCAUACGUGUGCCACUGUGGAGCCUGCUUCUCUCGGAAUGACCUCCUUCGUCGCCAUGAGAACCUGGCACAUUCGAACGACUCAGAACACAAUACCAUUUUGAGUCGGAAGACGGGGUUUGUUGACUUGCCGGCCAUUGUCGAGUGUGACGACCAAGCAUGUACCGACAUUGGCCAACAAACAGUUGAGGGUCUAAGCGCAAGCGUUUCCCUGCAGACGUCAUCGGAGAAUUGCAUGCAAGAUCGCGUGUAUGCCGACCAAUUGGGCGGACAUGUCGUAGAAGAUUUAGACUUUGCCAGUUCACGUAUCGAUUUCGAGAAACUCACCCGAAGCGUGGGACUGCACAUCGAUUGGUUUGAAUCGAGUCUAUUCGAACCUGUGGAUCUGGAUGUACAGCAAGAGCACAUGAUCUUGGGACGCGAAGAUCUACAGGUCGACAUGGCUUCCGCUGCGGAGAGGAAAUCAGAUGGCCCAAUCCCUUUUGCGCCACGUCUCGUCGGCUAUUCUAAAGACACAGGUAUCAACCAAGUUCAAUCUGUCCGUCAAGAUUCGAACACAUCUCCGCUUACAAUGACAGAAGAGUGUCUUUCAAACCUAAGAAGUGGCCUCCAGCAGUUGAAAGGUGGUCUAGCCGACAUGAGUCUGCCCUCAUGCCACACUUUCACAAAAUGCUUGUCCGCGUGGGAGGAGACAUUGGCAAGUCACCUACCAUACAUUCACAUACCUACCUUGUGUCUGAAUAAUUGUAUCCCGGAAUUAGUUCUGGCUCUUGCCGCUCUGGGCGCCCAGCAAAGAUACGAAACAAAGACAUCCAUGUUGCUCUACAACGCUGGUAAGACCGUCGCUCUCCAGCGAAUACACCUCACCCGCUUGAGAAAGAGUGAAGGAAUAUCAGCAUCCGGGUUUCACCCGCCAGGAUCAAUCAUUCAGUCUGCUAGCGCUCUCCUCACGCUGAUGAUAUUCGCCACUUGGUCGGCUAAUGCUAAACUCGUUGAGGAAGCAUUCGAAUUUCAUAGCUCUCUUAUGUACUGCUUGCGAGGAGACGGUCUUACCGACGAAGAUGAGACCUCUUAUCAGGAUUGGUAUUCAUGGGCACUGUCAGAAACACGCAUUAGAGUUAAGCUCAUGGCCUUCUGCUUUUUGAAUUUGCACACAAUCGCAUAUGACCAUCCGCCUGUUCUUUUCUGGCACGAUGUUGACCUAAAGCUUCCCUGUACAGUGAGAGAAUGGUAUGCAACGGAGGACAUUUAUUGGGUUCUCGCUCGGCAAGAGGUAUUAAACGAGCAGAGACGUUUUCCGGAAUCACUGAAAGCGCUUUUGAGCUCAGAUGGGCAAGCAUCGCAAAUCCAGCCAGCGCCAUCGCCUUUUGGAAAUUAUGUGCUUCUCCAGGGGUUGCUUCAACGCAUUUACCUAGUCCGACAGCUUGCAAUUACACCUAACCUGCCAGAAGAAGACAUCGUCAAAUUACAUAAAGCGCUGUUGAAUUGGGCUACCAUCUGGGAUCGAACGUCCGAGUCCAGCCUCAACCCACGAGACGAGAACGGCCCCAUCGCUUUUACAUCCGUUGCCCUUCUCGGUCUCGCUCAUGUCCGAGUACAUCUAAACAUUGGGCCUUAUCGAGAUCUUGCAUCCAGGCUACCGGCGCAGGUUGCGGCAGCUUUAGCAAAUGUCCCCUCUCCACAUCUACAGCAGACCAACAGCGCAGUUUCCGCGCUUCUUUAUUCGAUCCAUGCGCUCAGUAUACCAGUUGCAAUUGGCAUAGAGUACGUGGUACAUAGCCAGGCGAUAUUUUGGUGUUGCCAGCAUUCACUUGCUAGUCUUGAGUCUGCGGUUUUUCUUAGUAAAUGGCUAUAUGCAAUCUCUGCAACGAAGUUGUUGCCAAGCAUGACUCGAUCUGAAAAAUACAUACUACACUGCCUACGACAAGUGUUAACAGAAGCCGUGGCCUCGGCCGAUUGGGGAGAUACAAAUACGAGUAUGUGGCUGGAAGAUGCAUUCCACAUGGGCCUUGCUGUUCUGCGAAUCUGGUCGAGAGUGUUCAGCAAUGGUUCAGCAUGGCCGAUUACUGUUACGAUAGGAAAGAGUCUAGCGAUCUAUGCAGAUGCCUACGAGAAGCACGCGUUGAAUGUCUGAGAAAUAAGUUGAUAAUGCGGGCCUAUUUUGUCUGUUCCUUCGGUCAUUGCAGACCUCCGACCAACACAAUUUGAAUCAAUAUGAUCAAUUCAUGUGCCCAGUGUAAACGGCGCAGUCAAUGUACGUUCCGAUUUACUAUCCUAUUGACGCGCAUCUGAAGCUUGAAAAAGAAAAGAAAAGCAGUCUUUCAUCCAUAUGAUGGUAGCAAUCAGUAGUCACAUUCACUAUUUUGUAAGUCCGUCGACACCUUGUUGCUUGGGGAAAGUGCACGCUGGUAGUCGCGCCGAUAAUUGAGUGGGCAUUGGCCGUCGCUCAUUGAAGGGUUUGGUUGACAACAACUGACACUCAAUUAUCAGAGGAUUUUCUUUGUAAAUCCCGGCAGCUAGAUCACGAAUAGGAACAGUGUAGUAACCGCUUUGCA